UAUGAACCCACGAUAUUGCUAACUGUGAUUUAAUAAAAAAGCGAUUGAUGAUUUUGUUGCCACCGAACCCAAAGCAGACAAAGAGACCUACCUACCACCUGCCAAACCGAUCAAAAAAUUUCCAUGCAGCUCACAUGACCACCCGCGAAUCCUCCUCCGGACUCGACUCUUCGAGCAUGGACGAUCAACCCACCAAACGCACCGUUUCACUUGAUCCGGAACCCGAACCCGAACCCGAACCCGGCGGCGAGGUCUGGGUCGAAAACUUCAACCGCAGCUUCCGCCAGGUCCAGGCCGUCCUCGACCGCAACCGCGCUCUGAUCCAGCAAGUCAACGACAACCACCAGUCCCGGAUUCCGGCCAACAUGGUCAAGAACGUCGCCCUCAUCCAGGAAAUCAACGCCAACAUCCGCAAGGUCGUCUCGCUCUACUCCGACCUGUCCUCCGAUUUCUCCACCGUCUUUCCCAACAAGGAGCGCUGCGAGCCCAGCUAGUCCGUCCGUCGGCGUUUUCCUAAAGAGGAUUACAGUGCAACUGCUUUCCUGUUGAACCUGCCAAACUAAAGACGAGGUACUUAUGGCUUUUCGCUCAAUGCCUUGUUCGUUGCUAGGCCUCAUGUUAAGCAAUCUUCUCAGCAGGUCAACACGGAAUGUUCAGAUGAGUAGCUUGUUAUUAGUUAGGAUCUGAAUUUGGGUGGUGAAGAAUGUGUACAUGCUGCUCAUAGUAGAGGGCAACUUCUCUCACCUAUUCUCAUGAAAGAAAUUUGCGACCAUCGGAUUAGCAACUUCUGAAUCUGUUUGGUUAAGUUGUAUUGUGGAUCUGCUCUGCUAUAGUUCUCUGCCUUGUAUUGUAAAAGACCACUAUAUCAGUCCUUUUAUCAACCUCCCGUGAUAUUCUUACUGAGACAUUGAUUACUGAAUAGUAAGGAAGAAACUCUUUCGUUGCC